AUGAUGGUGGCGGACAAGGAUUGGUUCUAUGUUAAGGGGUUCGGUGACUUGUUGGUUCUCGACAUUAGCAAAUUGUUAGCAAGCAGUAGCUCUUCCAAGUCUCCAAGGCCUGAGUUUAAACGUGUACAUGGUUCUUCUCAUUUAGAACGAAGGAAUUUGCCACGAGGAAUGGCAUAUAUAAUUGUGGAUUCCAAACUAUAUUAUGGGGGAUGGAGACUCUGCAACAGCAAGAGGACAUUUCCCAUGGCUUCUGCUCCUAAGGUAAAUCCUCUGGUGGUCACCCUUAAGGAUAAACUCUAUCCUUGUUCAGUUAAUGAAUCUUCAUUACCUGUAUUACCAAACAUGGUCUUGACAUCUCUAUCUUGGGAAAUGACAUGGGAAGUGAUUUUCUCUCAAAUCAGUUAUGUGAACCAAAUGGGGCCUAUGUCUUGUCCACAGAGCAUCAAGGAUGUUGUUGCUUUUCAUUUGGAUCUAAAGGGCAUCCCUAAGAUGGUUGGGCAGCUAUUUGAGCUUCAGAAGGUUUUGUGUCCUUUUCUAGCGUGCUCCUCAAACUUCAUCUCCCAUAUGAGUGUGGUGUUCCAAUUGCUUGUUACAAGCCUUGCUGGUGGUGAUCAAUUCCUUGUCAAUGCACAUAUCAAGGCCUUUGAAAGUUAUUAUUUCAAAGAGCUUGGCGAUCCUGUCUCCUCCCAGUUGCUCUUAGUUGUCCCUUACGAGGGGCUAUCCUUUCUCAAAACAACUUCAACUAUUGACUACUACGCAUUUAGAAGCAUGUUACUAGCGAGCCUCUUUCCACGAAGUGACACUCCACUUCUCUCUAAGUUAACCCUCCCAAAAAGAGCAUCAACAGAUAGGCUUGGUCGUGCAGACAAGCAUGACAAUAAGGCUGAUGUAAGUUGCAAGAAGGAAAAUCUUCCUGAGUUUGAUAGGAGAGGAAAAGAAGGUGCACAAAGCAAGCCUACUAGUCCUCUGCCUCAAGUUGAUUCAUCUGCAGCAGCAGCUCAUCGCUGA